AUGGAAAAUUUUGAAACGAAUGCUAAUAUUGUAAAUGAUUUGGUCCUUCUUUCUACAGUCACACAUGAUAGUAUUGUUAAUACUUUACGUGAUAGAUAUCGUAAAGGUGAAAUUUACACUUAUAUUGGAGAAGUAUUAUUAGCAAUAAAUCCUUAUCGAAAUUUGCCAAUUUAUGGCUCUGAUAUGAUACGUAAAUAUAAGGGACAUGAAAUUUACGAACGUUCACCUCACGUAUUUGCUAUUACUGACGUGACAUAUCGAUCAAUGAAAUGGCAUGAAAAUGACGUUUGCAUCGUCAUUUCUGGUGAAUCUGGUGCUGGUAAAACAGAAACAAGCAAAAUAAUUAUGCGUUAUUUAGCAGCAAUUACUAAUAUUGAUAAACAAUAUGAAAUUGAAAGAGUGAAAAAUAUUUUCCUUCGCUCAACUGCACUUCUGGAAUCGUUAGGCUGCGCAGUGACGAAUAAAAAUGAUAAUUCAAGCCGUUUUGGUAAAUAUAUGCAUAUAAACUUUAAUGUUCAAGGUGAUCCAUUUGGUGGACAUAUUAGUAGUUAUUUACUUGAAAAGUCACGUGUGGUACGUCAACAACGUGGUGAACGUAAUUUUCACAUUUUUUAUCAACUCUUAGCUGGGCUAGAUACUAAUUGUUUACAUGCGUUACACUUACAACGUAAUCCACAGAAAUACUUUUAUUUAAAUCAAGGUCAAACAAUGAUUGCAAAUACAAUAAAUGAUAAAAAUUCAUUUAAUGAAGCUUUACAAGCAAUGAGAGCAAUUGAAACAUUUGCACCAAAUUCUGAACAACAAAUUUGGAAUAUUCUUGCAAGCAUUUUAUUAUUGGGUAAUCUUAAUUUUAUUGAAAGUGAAGCAAAUUUCGAUGAAAGUUUUGUAAAAGAUCGUAAUGAAUUGCAAAUUUGCGCUAACAUAUUGCAAGUUGAAAGUGUCCAAUUGGAAAAAGCAUUAUGCAUGCAAGUGGUUGCAGCUAAAGGUGACGUAGUCUCGAAAUGUCAUGAUGUUAACGCUGCUGAAUAUACGAGAGAUGCGCUUGCUAAGGCAAUUUAUGACAGAUUGUUUACAUGGAUUGUGAGAAAAAUUAAUGAAGCAAUUAAUAUUGAAAGAAAUGAAUAUGCAAAUAAAAAUACUGUAAUUGGUGUACUUGAUAUUUAUGGAUUUGAAAUAUUUGCAAUAAAUAGUUUUGAGCAAUUUUGUAUCAAUUAUUGCAAUGAAAAAUUGCAACAACUUUUUAUUGAAUUAGUAUUAAAUCAAGAACAAGAAGAAUAUAAACGAGAAGGAAUUCAAUGGCAACAAAUUGAUUUUUUUAACAAUAAAGAAAUUUGCGAUUUGGUUGAAAUACCUCGCACAGGAAUUUUAGCUAUAUUAGAUGAAGCAUGUUAUACGAUUGGUCCUAUCAAUGAUAAGAUUUUUUUAUCUGAAAUGGAUAAAAUAUUGGAUAAAAAUAAGUAUUAUACAAGUCGACGAUUAAAUCCAACUGAUAAAACGUUAUCAUUUGAAAGAGACUUCCGAAUAACACAUUAUGCUGGUGAUGUAACCUAUAGUAUUGUUGGUUUUAUUGAUAAGAAUCGUGAUACACUUUAUCAGGAUCUGAAACGUCUUUUGUAUAAUAGCAAUAAUCCAAUAUUAUGUGAAAUAUUUCCGGAUGGAGCAAAAUCUGUAACCGAAGUUAAUAAGAAACCAUUAACUGCUGGUACAGUAUUUAAGAAUUCGAUGUCAGAUUUGGUACAACAACUUUCAGCAAAAGAACCACAUUAUAUUCGAUGUAUUAAACCAAAUGAAAUUAAAUCGAGUAGUGUAUUUGAUACAACAGGUGUUGGUCAUCAGGUUCGAUAUUUAGGAUUAUUGGAAAAUGUACGUGUACGACGUGCUGGUUUUGCGUAUAGAAUUACUUAUCAAAGAUUUCUACAACGGUAUAAAAUGCUUUCAACAAGUACUUGGCCAAAUCCAUCAAAAGGAUCAGCACAAGAAAAUGCAAAUGUUUUAUUGGAAAUAUUUGAUUUAAAAAAAGAUUGUGUUAAUGGUAAAACAAAAUUAUUCAUACGUAAUCCACGUACGGUAUUCAAAUUAGAAGAUUUACGUCAACAAAAAUUAUCUGAUAUUGUUAUUAUAUUACAAAAGCAUUGGCGAGGAGUAGUUGGAAGAUAUCGUUUUAAACAAAUUAAACAAAUUUACAUUAUUAUUUAUUACUAUCGAAAAUAUAAAUUACGACAAUAUUUGAUGGUACUAAUCGAAUGUUUUCGUGAUAUGGAAAAAAGGAACAAUUUGUGCAAUGCAAUAAAAUGGCCAAUUACACCUAGUGGUUUUGAAAAUUUUACUGAUAAAUUAAAACAAAUGUAUGAAAUUUGGCGUGCAAAUAAAAUUAUCAAUCAAAUGCCAUUGGUAUUGAAAGAAUCAUUAAAAGAAAAAUUAGCUGCAUUUCAUGCUCUCGAGAAUAAGCGACGAGAAUGGGGCUAUUUACGAUCAUGGAAAGGCGAUUAUUUAAAUUUGGAUGAUGAGAUUAAAUCACCCAGUCAAAGAUAUGAUUAUCUUUUGGAAUUGGAUAAUAUACGACGAAAUAGUAAUUUUACUAAAGUUCUUUUCUCAUCUUACAUUCAGAAAUUUAAUCGAUACAAUAAGUCAUCAUUUCGUGUGCUUUUAAUAACUGAUCAAUUUAUUGCUAAAUUGGAUGCAAAAAAAUUUAAAAUGCUAAAACAACAAUCAUUUAAAAAUCUUAUUGGCAUUAGUGUUUCAAAAGAAAAUGAUAAUACAAUAAUCUUUCAUCUUGGAAGCAAUGAUUUUAUUGGUUGUUUAUACAAUCAUAAAAAUGAAGAUCGUAUCGGUGAAGUAGUUGGAAUUUUAUGUGCGCAUUUUGAAAGAAAUUUUAAUAAAAAAUUGAUAGUAACUGUUGGCGAAUUACAAUGUACGCUUGGUUCUAAGGAACGUUCAAUUCGUAUUCGUUUAAGUGAUAAAAUUACUGAUGGCCAUUCGACAUUUCGAAAAUAUGGUAGCAAUCAAAUUGAAUUAAUCUGUCCUACAGUAUCAGCUUAA